AAAAGAAGGGAGGGAGUGGAAGGGGUUGAAGGAUGGAAAGGGCGAUGGAACGCUGGUCAAUGGAACGACGACGCCAAAGACGGCUAGCAGUACUACUGUUGCUGCGACGGCGAAUGGCUCGACGACGACGAGUGGGACUACGAUGAUGAAUGGGGCGCCGACGAGACCGAAGCCGAUGGACAUGUACUCUGAUGAACCAUCGCCGAAGAGUACGCCGAAGAGUAAUGGGGAUUAUCUCAAGGGUGGGAGGUAAUCGGCACCGGCAGAGAUCUGUGUCGACUUUACGCUGCGGCUCUUUCUAGAGAGUCUUUGUUUCAACCCCGAAUAAUUCCUUUCGGGGUUCUCUGCGUUGUGUCAAAUUUCGGGAAUUACGCUUUGGACGGGGUAUUAAAACACGGAAAGCGAGCGAACGGGUAUGUAUAAACGAGCGAAAGUAUCAGCAUGGCGAGGCGUUUGGGGUCUUUUGGGUUUCUCGAACGAUAAACAUGGUUCGGCGAGUUUUGGCGUUAUGUUUCUUUUGCUAUUUCACUCAAGCUUCUUGAGGCUGUUGUUUCAUUACCUGGUUAUAAUACCCUACCAUUUUCUUGCUGCAAUUUUUAGUGCGGCUUUCCUUCAUACUCUUUUAGCCAUCGGUUUCUCCUUUGCUUGCCUGCUGUGUGGUCUUCACGAACGAGAGGAUAACAAAAGUUUGAAGCUUUCUUCCUUCCUCUUUCCUUUUCGGCGGGAUGGAUGGAUAUCAAGCACGGAAGAAGGAAGGGAACGGGUUUUGACGUUGCUGCGAGCCCGGUUCUAGCCAGCCGGGCAUUGGUCGUCAAGUGAGUUGAGCUUCAUUAGAGGAGGAAACACAACAAGGAAUGUACAUACAAUAUACGGGGACGUGAUAUGAGCGCGCACACACACACAACUACAAACACUAGUAUAUACCCGUGGGAUGGGAUGUAAUGAUAGAAUGGUAAUUUUGAUGGGAAACAAAAGAAAGAACGAUAUAGGAAGCUACCUACCUUAUCCACCGA